GGCACUGAUUCGUCCCUCCCCGUGUGUCUGCGAGUGGACGAGAGAGAGAGAGAGAGAGAGAGAGAGAAUGGGAAGAAAAUGCUCGCACUGUGGAUUCAUGGGUCACAAUUCAAGAACCUGCGCGUCGAUCCAGAGAGACGCGAGCUUUGGUGGGGGUGGAGUCAAGCUGUUCGGGGUGCAGCUCGAGGCCGGUUAUCCUUGUGGCAUGGCGUCGCGUCUCGCGUUGAAGAAGAGCCUGAGCAUGGACUGUCUGAUGCCAUCCACAUCGUGUGUUCUAACGUCGUCGUAUUCACCAUCGUCUUCUUCGGCGACGACCGAUUCUUCUCUCUCGCUACGCGCUGCUUGCGACGUCGGAGAUCGUCUUCUUCAAGACGAGGGUCUCCACAAAGCGGCUAGUAACGCCAGUAAUGAUGGGUUUGCCUCUGAUGGCUUUCUUGGGCGAGCCCAAGAGAGGAAAAAAGGCGUGCCGUGGACGGAGGAGGAGCACCGGACGUUCCUGAUGGGGCUGGAGAAGCUCGGGAAGGGGGAUUGGAGAGGCAUCUCCAAGAAGUUCGUCAGCACCAGGACGCCCACCCAAGUCGCCAGCCACGCCCAGAAGUAUUUCCUCCGCAAGAACAGCCUCCACAAGCGAAGCAAGCGUCGUCCCAGCCUCUUCGAUGUGGGGAAGGAAAGAUGCAGUGCUCAUCAUCAUGGACAGAUCCGAAAGCCAAGUGAAUCUUCUUUCACCCCAAUAUGUCUCUUCUCACCUCAAUUUGGCUCAAUUGGACUAGACAGUGGAACAAGGAUGGCACUGCUAACCUCUCCCCGUACAUGUUCAUACGAUCAUGAGCUCCCGAGUUCGAAUCCCGUUAACCAUGCUUCGACUGCAAACGGGCAUCAGGGUUUGAAACCUAACCUGGAGCUGACACUCGCCUCCCCGAGUCAUCAGUUGGAUCAAGCCUCUUCGAUCAGCGUCACCUAAAUCAAUCGUAGAGUCAAUGGAUCGUUGGUGAUCCCAUGUGUAAGUGUAUGAUCUGAUCUGCCUCAAGAUGAGGAUGUAUGUGUUUUUUUUUAUUCUUCUAGGAUUGUGCUAGCAAGUGCUCCUGCACAAUGAUUAACCAUAAUGUGUAGUCAUCCAGUUGUAAUUAAGCAAAGUUCUUCUAGUA